CAUCCUAAUAUCCUUAUGUUACACGAGGUGGUUUUUGACAGAAAAUCUGGCUGUCUUGCACUAAUAUGUGAACUUAUGGACAUGAAUAUUUAUGAGCUAAUAAGAGGGAGGAGAAAGCCAUUACCUGAAAAAAAAAUAAUGAACUACAUGUACCAGUUAUGCAAGUCCCUUGAUCACAUGCACAGAAAUGGAAUAUUUCAUAGAGAUGUGAAACCAGAAAAUAUAUUAAUAAAGCAGGAUACCCUGAAGUUAGGAGACUUUGGAUCUUGUAGGAGUGUAUAUUCCAAGCAGCCAUAUACAGAAUAUAUCUCUACACGCUGGUACCGAGCACCUGAGUGUUUGCUCACAGAUGGCUACUAUAGCUACAAAAUGGACAUGUGGAGCUCUGGCUGCGUUUUCUAUGAAAUCACAAGUUUCCACCCUCUCUUUCCUGGAUCUAAUGAAUUGGACCAAAUAUCAAAAAUCCAUGAUAUUCUAGGCACCCCUGCUAAGAAAACUCUUAAUAAAUUCAAACAGUCAAGAGCUAUGAGUUUUGAUUUCCCCUUUAAAAAAGGGACAGGACUAUCUCCACAUGUGCCUAAUAUCUCCCCCAAGAGCCUCUCCCUUAUGUAUGCGAUGAUAGAAUACGAUCCUGAUCAGAGAAUUGGUGCCCACCAAGCACUACAGCAUCCUUAUUUCCGAGAGCUGAGAACAGCAGAGAAGCAAGCUGUAACCAUGCACAGAAAAAUGAGAUUAGCAGAAAACAUAGUGGGACAAGAAUCUAUCAACUUGUGGUGUAUUUCAAAGGAUGGUAAUAGGCAGCACUCUCUUAGGAAAACCCAGGAGAAUCCAAUAAGACAUCAUGGACCUUCCUAUGCAAUAGAAUUGCCAAAACUGAAUGUUUCUGGAGUAACCAAGUUGACUUCUUAUCCUAGUCCUACAUUUCAUUCAGUUUUUACCACGCCUGCAACAAAUGGUGAAGUCCCUGUGUUACAACCUAUUAAAUAUAUUGGGACAAAUCACAAGUCUGAAAAACAGAAGGAACUUAAGUCUUCUAUGAAACAAUACCACUUACCCACUAUAGAAAGAAGAGGUGGAGGAUAUUGA